AUGACCAGAGCAGGGGCUCAUUGUGAGUCGGAAAUUGAUGAAUGCUCUUCAAACCCAUGCAAGCAUGGAGGCAUCUGCAAUGAUUAUGUUGGAUAUUACAAUUGCAACUGUCCCAUUGGAUUUGAAGGGAAGAAUUGCGAAGUAGAUUCCAAUGCAUGUACAGUACUUAACAUCACCUGCCCGGGAGGUUUGCGGUGUGUGGAUCGUCCAGCUGGCAUGGAGUACAUGUGCCUCACACCAUGUUUUGAAAAUCCGUGUGCAAAUGGGGGUUUCUGUUUUCUGGGCGACGACAUGCAGAGGCAUUGCAUCUGUGCACCUGGAUGGAUGGGAAGCAGUUGUACCCACAACAAAAAUGAAUGUGAAGACCACUGGUGUCAAAAUGGAGGCACUUGUGAAGAUGGAGUCAAUGCCUACAGGUGUAUAUGUCCCCCUGGAUAUGCAGGCCAAUUCUGUGAGAUUGACAUAGACUACUGCAUUGGAAACUUGUGCACUGAGCAUGGCACCUGCCUGGAUCACAUUUACAAUUACACUUGCCACUGCAAGACUGGAUAUGAAGGACACUUCCGUCAGACAGAAACCAAUGAAUGUGCGAGCUUGCCUUGUGAAAAUGGUGCCUCUUGCACAGAACUAAUUGGCUACUUUUCAUGCCGGUGUGUGGAAGGAUAUGCAGGAUUGGUGGGUCUGUACUGCGAGAUGAACGUUGAUGAUUGCAACAAAGGAUUCUGUGAGAACCACUCGACCUGUGUGGAUUUGGUAUCAGACUACAUUUGUGUUUGUCCUUUGGGCUUUACAGACAAGUACUGCUCAACAGGCAUUGAUGAAUGUGCUUCUGAUCCCUGCAAAAAUGGAGCAACUUGCGUGGAUAUAGUUGGCGAGUACUCCUGCGGUUGUGCACAAGGUUUUGAAAGUAAAGACUGUUCAGUGGAAAUAAAUGAAUGUCUGUCAAAUCCAUGCCACCCUGCAAACACCAUCUACUGUGAAGAUCUGGUGAAUAGUUUUCGAUGCAUUUGUCACCUCGGAUAUAUGGGAGAGACCUGUGCAACUCCAGUAAAUGUCUGUAUGGUUGGAUUAUGCCAGAACAACUCACAAUGCGAAGAUGAGCCAACAGAAUUUAGAUGCCAUUGCCUUCAUGGAUUAGAAGGAGAUUUAUGUGAUGCGGAGGGUGGAGAUUGCAAGGCAGAUUCUUGCCUUGCCCUUAGCCUCUGUGAGGCUGGCUUGAACUUAUUUGCCUGUUAUUGUGCACCAGGCUUUGUAGGCAAUAACUGUGAGAUUGAGGUGAAUGAAUGCCUAAGUGACCCCUGUCAGAAUGAUGGCACCUGCACUGACCUUCUCAACUCUUUCAGCUGUGUGUGUCCUGAUGGAUUUGAAGGUAUCAACUGUGAAAUCAACAUAAAUGAAUGUCACUCGUCUCCCUGUCUCCACAAAGCAACAUGCAUCGACCUCAUUAAUAGUUAUGAAUGCAUCUGCCUGCCUGGUUUCACUGGUUUCAACUGUGCAUCUAGACCCUGUGAGGUGCCGAAUCCUUGUGAAAAUGGUGCAGUGUGCGUGGAAGAAAUGGAUCUGGACAAAAACCCCUUGGGAUUCCGCUGCACAUGUGCAAGAGGCUUCACUGGUCCACGGUGUGAGAUCAACGUGAAUGAGUGCAGCUCUUCCCCCUGUCUCCAAGGAUCCUGCUAUGACAUGGUGGAUGGGUUUUACUGCCUGUGUAGCCCUGGAUUUGCUGGUGUGCGAUGUGACCAGAACAUCGAUGACUGCUUCAACAACUUGUGUGAGAACAACUCUACUUGUGUGGACCGCCAUCUGAGCUACCUGUGCAUCUGUCUCCCAGGCUGGGAAGGGAAUUUCUGUGAACAUGAAGUCAAUGAGUGUGCUUCAGAGCCUUGUGAAAACAAUGGAACAUGCACAGAUCUUGUAAAUGGCUAUCGAUGUAUAUGUAAUCCAGGAUGGCAAGGAUCACAUUGCACAGAGGAUGUAAAUGAAUGCGAUUGCAAUCCCUGCCAGAACAAUGCCACCUGCCUUGAGCCUGCAGUCCCUGGAAUGUUUGAAUGCAUUUGCCCUCCAUUCUUCACUGGUGAAUUAUGUGAACUCAUGUAUGAUCCAUGUGCUUCCCACAACAACCCAUGCAGUAAUUUUUCCACCUGCAUUACUCAAAGCAAUGGGACAGCUCUCUGCAUCUGUCAGCCAGGUUUCAGAGGAGCUCACUGUGAAAUUGACACUAACGAGUGUCUGUCCAAUCCUUGCCAGAAUCAGGGUCGCUGUUUGAACGAGGUCAACGCCUACAGAUGCAUCUGUUUGCCAGGAUUCUCUGGGGUACGUUGUGAAACAAACAUUAAUGAAUGUUUAUCUGCACCCUGCAAAAAUAACGGCACUUGCCUGGAUCUUGAAAAUGGGUUCCAAUGCAAUUGUACGGCAGGUUACUACGGGAUAUUAUGUGAACUGGAUGUGAACGAGUGUGUGCUUCUACCUUGUCUGAACAAUGGCAGCUGUUAUAAUAUGCCUGGAGGCUUCCAGUGUCUCUGUUCCCAUGGAUUUACAGGUAGCAGAUGUGAAGUUAAUAUCAAUGACUGUGCAUCUGCUCCGUGCAACAACGAGGGAACGUGCAUCGAUGGUAUCAGUCUCUACAGCUGCGUCUGCUUGAAGGGGUUUGCUGGAGCGAAUUGUGAACACAAUGUAAAUGAAUGUGCCUCCAACCCUUGUCUUCAGGGCACCUGCACAGACUUGGUGGAUGGAUUUGAUUGCCAUUGUGAAUCAGGAUGGAUGGGUCCAAGAUGUGACACCGAUAUUGAAGAGUGCAGCUCUGACCCUUGCUUGAAUGGUGGAACAUGUCAGGAUCUAGUUGAUGCCUAUAGCUGCACAUGCCUGGACGGAUACAGUGGUGAGAACUGCCAAACUGACCUUGACGUUUGUAAAGGCAACAUGCUGAACCUUACCCGCUGCCUCAAUGGAGGAAUAUGCAAGGAUGGACCAGGCAUGAACUUCAGCUGUUGGUGUCUUUCAGGUUUUGCUGGGCAGUUUUGUGAGAAAGAGAUUGAUGAAUGUAAUUCUGGCCCUUGCUUCAACAAUGGAUUCUGCCAAGACUAUGUGAAUGGCUACUCAUGCAUCUGUACACAAGGGUGGACAGGAUCUCACUGCCAAGUGGACAUUAAUGAAUGUCAACCAAAUCCAUGUGUCAAUGGUGUUUGUUUCCAGAAGACUCCCCGGCCUGGCUACACCUGCUUCUGCAGCCCAGGAUUUGUGGGAGUAAAUUGUGAGCAAAACUACAAUGAUUGCUUCAUCUAUUCUUGCCCAGUGGGCUAUGAGUGUGUUGAUGGCCUUAACAAUGUGAGCUGCCUUCCAAUUUCCUCUACCACUGAUACUGAAAACCCUGGUAUGGCAAUGCUUAUCGCAGCAUCCCUUCUCACACCUACAUUGACUUCAGCAGUGUCUGUGGUGUCAGGCAGCACUGUGGGUCACCAGGACAGAGAAUCUUGGAGAAAUUCAUCUGAUAAUGGAGGCAUCUCGCCUUCAAUGACAGCCGUGUCAUCAGAGAGAUUCCCAUGGCUACCUGCUGCUUCUAUUGGAAGUACCACCGUUUUAUCCUCAACGUUUGAUCACAGUCUUGUACCACCACCGGAAAGCCAACCUCUCACGUCACCAAAUCUCACAGAUGUCUGGCCAUCAAUUAUUCCUUCUUCUGUACAUGCCCCUGACAUCUCCCUGACAACUGUCUCCCUAGCAACAAUGGUGUCUUGUGCAGAUAGUCCUUGCCUGGCUGGGGCAACCUGUGAGGAUUUGGAUAUCGGAGAAGUGAAAUGUCACUGCUCAUCACAGCACGAAGGAGAAGGCUGUCAAGCAGAUUCCCAUUUCAGUUCUGCUCAAUAUUAUGGGAAUUCACUCUUGGAAUUUUUAGGUUUCCACUUGCUCCCUCGAAACAACAUCUCAGUACGAUUCCAGACCUACAGCUCCUAUGGAACACUUUUCUACGUAGAAAGCCAGCAAGCAACUGACUUUUUCUUCUUCAAGCUCUUUAUUGAACAAGGCUUCUUGCAGUUCCAGUUUGUAUGCAGUCCUUCAGCAGAAGUACAGAAUGUAAACACUUCAGCAAGAGUCAAUGAUGGGAGGACUUUCGAUAUUCUCAUCAGACAAGAUCUGCUUCCAUGCAAUGCUGUGGUCACAGUGUCAGGGGUCACCACAGUGAGCAGCACAUCCUACAAUAUCUGGUCUCACCUUGUCAAUCAGCUAACAGGACCUGUCUUUGUAGGAGGCCUACCAAUCAGCUACCACCCAAAUCAGAUUGCUGAGCCAUUCAACAAUUUUACAGGCUGCCUGGAAAUAACGGAAAUCAAUGGGUUGGGCCCUUUAAUCCUAUCGAAUGCUGUCAGCAGACACAAUAUCGACCAUUGCAGCUUUCCUAGGGUUGAUACAGAUUUCCUGGUUUCCAGAGCAACGCCAGGAUCUACAUUUGGUGACAGCAUCACUUUUUCAUUGCAUCCUAAGCGGCCAACGUCUUUUCUUCCAGUAAUGGCCACAAUGGUUCAAACUUUGAAGACCUCCAGCUGCCAAGAAGACGUGUGCCAGAACGGAGGUACCUGCCGCGACACCUGGUUGCCCGAUGGUGCUGGAUCCUUCCAGUGUGACUGCCCUCUGCAUUUUGCUGGGCACUUCUGUGAAAAUGAUAUCACUCUGUUCUUUCCAUCCUUCAGUGGAAAUGCUUACCUAGAGCUUCCAUCACUUACAACAAUACUGAGACGAGAUGCUGCUGUAAGUGGAACAGAGGUUGAAAUAGAUGUGACACUACAUCUCACAAUAAAGGCAGUUUCUUCCAGUGGAACGAUUCUCUACACCAUUGCUGAAAAUUUUGGAAGCCAGUUCCUUCAUCUAUUUCUCCAUGAUGGAAAACCAACAGUGAAGCUUGGAUGUGGAGGGUCACAAAGUCCACUGAUGGUAUCUGCCAACCAAAGAAUUAAUGCUGACCAGCUAACUUCAAUCAUUGUGCGGUGGCCAGCGAGAACCACCGAUGCUACUGGCCCGGAGCAUGGCCAGCGAGAACCUCUGAUGCUACUGGCCCGGAGCGUGGCUGACGGGAACCUCCGAUGCUACUGGCCCGGAGCAUGGCCAGCGAGAACCUCUGAUGCUACUGGCCCGGAGCAUGGCCAGCGAGAACCUCUGAUGCUACUGGCCUGGAGCGUGGCCAGCGAGAACCUCUGA